AUGCAGGCCGGUGGACAGACCCCAGUGUUUGUUAUGAACACGGCCCCAGAGAGGCAGUCCGGACGAAAAGCACAGAUCUCUAACAUUACCGCUGCGAAGACUGUAGCAGACGUGAUUCGGACAUGUUUGGGCCCAAAGGCGAUGUUGAAGAUGAUUCUGGAUCCAAUGGGUGGUAUUCUGUUGACGAACGACGGAAAUGCUAUUUUGCGAGAAAUCGAUGUCGCACACCCUGCGGCGAAAAACAUGAUCGAGCUGAGCCGGACACAGGAUGAGGAGUGCGGUGACGGGACGACGAGCGUGAUCAUUCUUGCUGGCGAAAUCCUUGCCCAGUCUCUCUCUCAGCUCGAACGCGACAUCCAUCCGGUAGUCAUCAUUUCGGCGUACAACAAAGCCCUGAAAGAGGCACUUGAGAUCAUCAAGCGCAUCUCCAUUCCCAUCGACACGUCGAAUGAUGAGGAGAUGCUCUCGCUUAUUAAAACUUCUAUCGGCACGAAGUUCGUUUCGCGCUGGUCUGACCUGAUGUGCAACCUCGCGCUGCAAGCGGUCCGCACUGUCGCGCAAGAGGAAGGUGUAAACAAAACUGUAGACAUCAAGCGCUACGCGCGUGUAGAGAAAGUACCCGGUGGGGAGAUCGAAGACAGCAAGGUGCUCAGAGGCAUCAUGCUUAACAAGGACAUCACACACCCCAAAAUGCGCAGACGAAUCGUGAAACCGCGCAUCGUUCUCCUGGAUUGCCCGCUAGAGUACAAGAAGGGAGAGUCUCAGACAAAUAUCGAGAUUUCCAAGGAAGCCGACUGGGCAAGAAUUCAGGAGCUCGAGGAGGAGCAGGUCAAAGCGAUGGUUGCCAAAAUCCUUGAAUUCAAGCCUGAUCUUGUGAUCACAGAAAAAGGCAUCUCUGACUACGCCCAACAUUUCUUGCACAAGGCAAAUGUCUCUGCUAUCCGACGAGUACGCAAGUCCGACAACAACCGGAUUGCUCGCGCUGUUGGUGCGACAAUUGUGAAUCGUCUGGAAGAUCUACGUGAGUCAGACAUCGGUACAAAAUGUGGUCUCUUCCACAUAGAGAAGAUGGGCGACGAGUACUUUACCUUCCUCACGGAAUGUUCUGAUCCCAAGGCAUGCACGAUCCUUCUCCGCGGCCCGUCAAAAGAUAUUUUGAACGAAAUUGACCGCAAUCUCGCUGAUGCCAUGUCCGUGGCGCGUAACGUUGUCUUCAAUCCCCUCCUGGCACCAGGAGGCGGGGCGACCGAAAUGGCGAUCAGCGUGGGCCUUCAAGCAAAAGCACGCACCAUUACAGGCGUGGAGGGUGGACCGUUCCGUGCUGUCGCCGACGCGAUGGAAGUUAUUCCGCGGACACUGGUGCAGAACAGUGGCGGGAAUGCGAUCAGGGUGUUGACUGAGCUGAGGGCGAAGCAUGCGAACGGCGAAAAUUCGUGGGGCAUCAACGGUGAAACUGGGAAGAUCGUCGACAUGAAGUCGUACGGACUGUAUGAGUCUGCCAGCGUGAAGAUCCAAAUUCUGAAAACCGCUAUUGAGGCCGCGCGGGUGCUUUUGCGCGUCGAUGAUGUCGUUCAAGCAGCGCGGAAAGAUAGGGACAGAGAAUCGGGCGGCCCCCCUCCAGAAGAGAUGAUGGAGAAUUAA